CCACCAGUACCAGCACCCCUCCUCCACUCUCAGCUCAGUCACACUCUCUUUUCUCUCUCCUGCUGUGUGCCAGUCCCACUCUCCCCCCCUCUGCUUCCUCAAAGUGGCCACAGCUCCUCUCUUUUCUCUUGUCCUCUUUACAUCCCUCCACCACUCUCUUUCUUUCUCCAGCUGUGAGAGCGACCAGACCCGGCUCUUCACCUCCACAAGUUAAACGGAUCUCAAACUUCCACUGAAGACUUCAUUUUCAUUCUUCAACUUUUAUUUUUUGGGUACUUCACCCUUCACCCCCGUGGAGCAGCUUGGUUGGUGUGUGCCUGGCGUGUGAGCGGCAGCGUGUGCGAGGGCUCUGGUGUCGUGCUCUUUGCCCUGAGGGAGUCCCUAAAGGUUGUGAGGGAGAAAAGUUUUCACCACGAUGAAUGUUCAGCUGCUGCUCCUGUUGGCCCUGGCUGGCCCAUUCUGUGCCUUCACACAUGCAAGCCCCACAGGGAUCCCUGAAGACCUUGCUGAAGUUCCUGUCACUUCAACACCAGCCGCCGUCCCGGAAGCUACCGAGGCUCCACAAGAGGAGCUAAUUGUUAUCACUGGUCCAACUGCAACCGAACCAGUGUCAGCCCAUAAAGAAGUAGAUGUUGUCACUGAGGCGGAAGUUAGCACUGAGGCAGUGACUCCUACCAUCACUUUCAAUACUGAAGCAGCCGUCGUUGAGACAGAAACUCCUCCUGCUGCUACUGAAGGACAAGAACUCAUCACCGAUCCUCCUGCCUUGCAGACCGCAGCCCCCACUGAACCAAAGGAGGCUGAGGCCCCAGCCGAGGCGACGGCAGCCGCCAAGACAGAGACGGAUGACGGUGUGAUCGUUGAAGAUCCAGACGAGGGCCUGAGUUCUGGCCAGGUAGUCGGCAUCGUGAUUGGCGCUUUGUUGGCAGUGGUCAUCGUCAUCGCUGUGGUGAUCGCUGUGGUGAGGAGGAUGGGAAAAUACUCGUCUGCCAAGAGCAAAAAACCUGCGAAAAAAGACAGCGUUAUGGUUUCUCCCCUGAGGAAAAAGUCGGCUAAGCAGCAGGAGCGCCCAAGGUUCUGGAAAUUCUGAACUACUGAACUGUGACGUCAUUCGCGAUCAUUAAAACAAGCACGAUACCAGAACUAAACUAAUCUAACCAGGACUCUGGACUGUUGCCAAAAAAAACGAGGGGGAGGGAGGCUUGUGUGUGUUUAUGUGUGUACUGUAUGUAUGUGAGACAAGAGGGGUACAUGAGCAAACCUCCUCACCUCCCCCCCGCUACCUCCCUGACCCCCCCAGGAGCCUCUGAUAUAAAAGGCUCCGUCCUCCCCUACUCCUUCAGGGAGAGAACAAAACAAGGUGACGGCAGGAUGUCACAAUGAAUUUCAGGCCUUUUCAAAUGCAUUUUGCUAAAAAAGAAAAAAGAAAAAAAGAGGGAAAGAAAGGUAGAGGAUUAUCUGACAUCGAGGGAUAAAAUCUCUCUCCUUUAAAGAGUGACUGAUUUAGAUUUGCAUGGAAGUUUGAGAGGACAUUAAAAUGAAAAAUACAGAGAAAACAAAAGGAAAUUAAAUGCGCAUAAGAGGUGGAAGCAGAAGAGACUUACAAAUUCCACAGGAUGUAUAUACAAUGCAAGGGGACUACAUAGUAUACAGCUAAUGACUUUCUCAUAUGUUGCAGUUGCAUAGGCUAGUGUUUGAUAUUAUGGAAUACACAGUACAUACGUGCAGCCUUAGGCUAUUGUUGUGGCUAACAGACCUUUACAGCACCCCUGGGCACCAGUUAAAGCAUUUUCUCAUGUAGCCUGAAUCCCUGAUAUGUUGGCCAACUGUAUGAAGCACCGUGUGCAGAAGUUGUCUCGACAUAACACACUCAUGAGCUCUGAGGGCUAGAAAGGAAAAAAGGACACCCUCAUUUGCAAGAGUAACGUGACAUUCUGCCCACUUUAACACUGACAUAUAAAAACCUAAUACAUAUCUGUGAAAUUUAGCAGAAGGGUUUGUGCCACUGUCUCUGGUAUUCUCUAGGUAGUUAGGAGGAUUUUAACUUUUGAAGUGCAUUAUUAAUGUGAAUUGACUGUACUUUUUAACUGCCACCCAUUCCAAAAAACGACAGCUUUGACGACUUCUGCCUUGUUUGUUUGUAAAGGCCUACAGCCAGUGGUUAUUAGACAUAGCAUUGUCUAGGCAAUGUAUUCAUUCUGUUAAUAGGUAGAUUACCAGAACAGCCAUCCGGUCUUUAAAUUGAGCUAACCCCAGAUUGCGUACAUGGGAUGACAUUUUUAUAGUUGCACUUAGUUUUUAGUGCACAGUGUUAGGCAGUAAUGCCCUGUUUUGUUAUUUUUUGCAACUGUAAGUGUGCUAAACGGGUGUACAAAUAAUGAAGUCUCAGCUUAGCUCCGCUUGCUUUACAAACUCGUUUAAUAUGUGCACUGAAUGAGUGGUGUAAUGUUUAAUGAAUAGGCUUUAGACACUGCAAAUGUUUGCAACGACACGUCUUUUGUUUCCUCUCCUCUGCUUCGCCGCAUAUUAUCAGUUUCUAGGUCUUUAAUUUGUGCCAUCUGAUUUGUUUGAACCCUUUUAUUUAAUUGCGGUGUUUUUGUUCAUACUGUUUCAAUAAAAAACUGAAAACACUGAAA